GUUGGCAACGUCUAUACAAAGGCUAAAAACACCGAGCAAAACCUCGCCGUAGAAAUGAGUCAAUAUCGACAGGAUGGAGGUGGCGGUUCGGCGACAGUUCCAAACGCUGCCGGCUCGGGCCCCUCGCCCGGUCCGGGUUCAAACAGUGUCUCCGACUCGAGUCUCGGCGGUGAAUCGGAAUCCUCGGCCGGACCCGGGGCCACCGCCGCGUCGACAGACUCAAAUAUGUAUGCGUCAGAAGGUCCUCCGGCUCCUGCGCCCCAGCCGGACGGCCACGGUUACGGUUAUCCGUACGGGAGCGGGCCGGAAAGUGGCGUGCACGGCUUCGGACCGCGACAACCGUUCGGUGGUGGGCCCGGGCCCAAGCAGCUUCAGGCGCACCGUUUCGUGCCUAAUCCCGCGAUCUCACAACCCUCCGGCCCGACGCCGACGCUCAAUCAGUUGCUACAAAGUAACAGCCCCAUGCCUCACAGAUACCAAAACAACUACUCGCUUCCGGAUCAGCAGCAUUAUAACCAGUGGCCCCCGCAAAAACCUCACCAACAAGGCUAUGGCCCGGGGCCCGCGCCACCUCCCGUACCAUACAGGACGCAACAAUCAUUGUCGCCAGCAUACGGUGGCGGUCCUGGCUCUGCGCCAAGUCCGGGUGGUUACGAUUCUAGGACGGGCUGGCCGGGCGGUCCUCCAUCAUCUGGAGGAUCGCAACACGGACCCGGAAGUCCGGGCCAGCCGCAACCUCCACACCAACAAUCCCAACAAGGCCAACCUCCCCCAUCCCAACCCCAACAGAAUUCGUCGAGUGGUAAUCAACCGUCGCCUCAGCCUUCGCAACCGCCUAUUAGUCACUCGCCCGGACCCGGGCCUGGUGGACAAAUGCCGCCUAGUCCUCAGCAACAUCAACAGCACCAAGGCGGGGCCGGUGGUGCUCAUCAACAGUCGCAGCAGGGCUUUCCAAACAGGCCACCACCACCGACCACGCCUAACGCUCACGCUCCCGACGCUGCGGAUCUUAGCGGCGGCAACAGCAACGAUAGUUCGGGGGGUCCCGCACCUGGUACUCCCAAUUCUCAGGGUAUGCGGCCGACGCCAUCGCCUACCGGCUCCACCGGCUCCAGGUCCAUGUCGCCCGCCGUCGGCCAAAACAUUCCUAUGCCUCCACGACCGUCCAGCGGUCAGUCGGACGGCGGCGGCGGCGGCGGCGGCGGCGGCGGAGGCGGGGGAGGCGGCAACGGCGGUAGCGGCAUUCCGACGCGCAUGAGUCAUUCGCCGAUGCCGACGGCGGGCGGCUACGGCCAGCCCGGCUCCCAAUCUCCCCAUCCGACGUCCGCCUCCCCCCACGCUGCCUCCGCCUAUAAAGUCAUGGUUCCGGGGGCGGGUGGGCCCCCCGCGACGGGACAACAGAUGCCUCUCUACCAACAUCAGCCGGGACAGUACCCGCAGGCGGGGGGAGGUUAUCCACCCAGACCGUCGGGAAAUUUUGGUCCGGGACAGGCUUACGGUCCAUCGGGCCCUCAACCCCCGUUAUCGAACAACAUGCCCCCUCAGCAAUUUCCCGGCCGGUCGGGUCCACCGAACCACAUGCAAAACUCCCAAUUUCCCCCCUACCAGCAGACGUGGCCGACGUCGGUGUCUUCGCAGAAUCAAAAGGGUACCGCUAGCGGGGGUUCCAACGGCCAAAAUCCCCCCUCGCAAGGGGGCCCCGGUUGUCAAUCGCCCGGACCCAACAUGCGACCGCCUCACUACCUCAAACAUCACCUCCAACACAAAAUGGGCUUCGCGGGUGUGGGACCUGGUUCCGCUCCUCCCAGUCCCGGGCCACCUCAGAGUUUCCACAUGGGCCCGCCCGCGGGUCACCACCAUUCCGGCAUGGGACCUCCUCCGUCGAUGGGGCCCCCGAAUAUACCGCCUUCUAGUAGUCCCCUGUUACCUAACAACCACCCCCACGACAGUCCCAUGCCGCCGCCCAGUUCCACGCCCAAUUCGCACACACAGAUGGUGCCCGAAAUGUUGGAUAACGGGAUCACCACCACCUCGCAGGGCUCGAUGGGCACCCACGUGACAGCGGCAGCGGCCUCUGCCGGAUCGGUUACGUCGGUGGUCACCACCGGCCCGGACGGAACGCUCAUCGACGAGGGAUCCCAGCAGUCCACGUUAUCCAACGCGUCAGCGGCGUCGGGCGAGGACCCCGGCUGUCCCCAGACACCGAAAGCGUCGAGGAAACACGAAAUGGUGCAUUACGGGCACCCGAGUACCCCGCAGAACACGGUACCGUCGCCCGGUGCCGCCAGUAUGAACUCCAUGCACGAGGAUUACGGCGACUUGAGCAGUCCGAGCUGGCCCCGCACCCCCGCCAGUCCGGUGUUUAACAGUCAUGUGCCUCCCCAGGAUACAUAUCGCUCAAAGAAAACUGACAGCCUCAGCAAGUUAUACGAAAUGGACGAGAGCCCCGAACGUAGGGCUUGGUUAGAUAAGCUUUUGGCUUUCAUGGAUGAUAGGAGGACACCUAUCACGACGUGUCCCACCAUUUCCAAGAAUCCCCUUGAUUUGUUUCGCUUGUAUAUGUAUGUUAAGGAUCGUGGUGGUUUCAUGGAGGUGACUAACAACAAGACUUGGAAGGACAUCGCCGGGAUGUUGGGAAUCGGAGCGUCGUCAAGCGCCGCGUACACCCUUAGGAAGCAUUACACGAAAAAUCUUCUGGCUUACGAGUGUCAGUUCGACAGGGGCGGCAUCGAUCCGCAGCCGAUCAUCAACAAAGUGGAGGCCAGCAGUAAAAAGAAGAGCAACAAGGCCAGUUCGGUGCCAUCGCCGGGCUCGUCGAAUUCGCAGGACUCGUUCCCUCCGGGCGGGGCCGGAGGCGCCAUGGAUGGCUACGGCGGAUACAACGGGUACUCGACUUCGAAUAAUCCUGAAUAUCAACCGCCCAGGCCUUCGUCGCAGUCCGCACCGUCUCCCCACAGCGGGUCAACCGGGGCCAAUCAUCUGAACAGUGCAGCUCCCGGUGGUCCUAGUCCCGCAGGCGGGACCGGGGAUAACGUAAGCGUUUCGAAUCCGUUCGAUGACGUGUCUCCGAGCCCAUCUCCGCGAGGAGGACCGUUUCCGGGCGGUCCUCACCCGCCCUAUCCGACCGGAACACCCCCAAGAGCGCCCGCAGGUCAGAAUUAUUCCGGUCAGCCCGGCUAUCAGUACCCCGGUCCGGGGCCUGGCCAAAACGCCCCACCAGAUCAGUAUUCCCCCUAUUCCAACACCCAAGGUUAUCCGCCCGCUGUAAGACCGGUCUAUGCUCCAUAUUCAGGUGAUUCGUCGGCCGCCGCGCCAGGUCAGCCGAACAGCGGUCAACCGGCGCCCUCUGGCGGCGGUCAGGAUCCUUACAAUCGCUAUAACGCCAAUCCUGCGGGCGCGUACGGCCCCAGGCCGCCCUAUGCGGGAAGCCAGGGCGGUAGCGGGCCGCCAUCUUCGCAAGCGAACGCACCGCCGGGUUCUUAUCCGCAUCAGGAUUAUUACAGACCCGAUCAGGUAACCUAAAACUGCUUCAAACCCCUACCCCGUACGUUAAAACGAUGAUUUCAGAACGCUAAUAGCGGUUACGCUGCGGUACCAUCGACUUCGAACAAGAAUAUGCCUCCUCCAGGGCCGCAACCUCCGCGAAGGCAUCCUGAUUUCGCCAAAGAUCAACCGUAUCCUCCGUACGGGCAACCGAGGCAACCCAUGUAUGGUGGCUGGCCGAACAAUAAUCAAUACCGUGCUCCCCAAUACGGCGCCCCCGGGAGCAAUCAGGGCGCUCCUCCGCAGCAGUGGAACCAAGGCAAUAGAAGUGGGGGACCGUGGCCCAACAACCAGGGUUAUCAAGGCACACAGCCCGGUCAACAGCAGUGGCAGCCCAUCGCAAGUCAGGGAGGUCAGUCUUCGCCGAUGAGGCCGGUGCACAGGCCCGGGAAGCCGUUCCCGCCCAUUAUGCCACCGGCCGGAGCCAGCAAAGGGCCGCAGCAGCAAGUCAGCAAUUCGUACGGACAUAACCAACUUCCGAAACGAGAGAUAACGUUCCCGCCGGACAGUGUUGAAAACGUCACCCCCGUGUUGUACAGGAGAAAGAGGAUGUGCAAAGCGGACGUAGCUCCGGUGGAUGCUUGGAGAUUGAUAAUGUCUUUACGUUCCGGUUUGCUGACGGAGAGUACAUACGCUCUGGAUAUGCUUACCAUUCUUCUGUUUGACGACUCGUCCGUGGGAUAUUUUGGACUGAGCCAGUGGCCGAGUCUUUUGGAUCUUUUGCUGGAACAUUUCAAAAGGAACUUGUCGGACAUGUUCGACCACGCUUACCCCAAGGAGGAUAAGCCGGAAACGAUCGACGUGGACUUGGGAGGGGUCGCGAAACCUAUCGACCCAAACGCCAAGACUCUGGUACUAUCCAAAACCACAAAUUAUACGUUGAUGUCGCGCAGAGGCGAUCCAGUCAAGUUCGUCGACCGCAGUGAUGAUAUCUUUGUGCAAGAUAAUUUGAGGGAUUGGGAUCUUCACGGUGAAACGAACGCCGCGACUAUAGUCGCGGAAAUACCAGAAGAUCCAUGGCAUACAGAUGCCGAACGCAUUCUCCCGAAUUUUCAAGCAGAAUUUGGUCGUAUACCAUUCCAAAUGAAGUUGGAGGACAAGCGGGAGGUGUCCGGUUCGUCAAAGGAGGAUGUGGUGGUGGUGACGGUGGAGAAGCUGUCGACUCCGUGUACCGACGAGGUGCCGCCUCCUAAACUUAGUGACAAAAAACAUAGGACAAAGACAUUAAGUGAUGUGAUAUCUCGAAUUAAAAAGGACUCGCCAGAGGACGAUGUGCUCACAUUAGAGUCGCCUACGAAGAUGGACAGAGUAAAGACUGAGGUAGUGAGUGAGAUGAACUGUGAAGAGUUAGCCUCGAGUGUAGAUCUGAACGUUAGUGUAAACGGGGAGUGCAGUAGCAGUAGUGAAAUGAAGAAGGCGAGGGAAGAGCCUGUUCACGAUCCGGCCGGCUCAUUGAAACGCAGGCGCCUCUCCGAUUAUGAGGAUGAGUGUUAUUCAAGGGACGAGGCCAGCUUGGUUCUUCUUACCGAGAGUCAGGAUAAUCUCGGCAAGCGAUGUGUUUGUAUAUCAAACAUUCUUAGGAGUUUGACGUUCAUUCCUGGAAACGAAGUAGAGUUUGCCAAGAAUUACAGCUUCCUGGCGCUCAUCGGUAAACUGCUAUUGCUCCACCAUGAACACCCUCCACGUACCCAGAAGACUAGGAAUUACGAUCGCGAGGAGGACGCCGAUUUUGCGGACUCGUGCAGCAGUUUGCAGGGUGAGAGCGAAUGGUGGUGGGAUUUCCUAGCGCAGAUCCGCGAAAACAUACUGGUAUGUAUUGCCAACGUGGCGGGUCAAAUAGACGUGUCACUGUACGAGGAACAAGUGGCGAGGCCGUUGCUCGACGGAUUACUGCAUUGGGCCAUUUGUCCGUCUGCGACCGCUCAAGACCCGUUCGCUUCGGUGGGGCCGUCGUCUCUAUUGUCUCCCCAACGCCUGGCACUGGAGGCACUCUGCAAACUUUGCGUUACCAACAGCAACGUCGAUUUAGUCAUAGCGACGCCGCCAUUUUCCCGAUUGGAAAGACUGUGUACAGUGUUGACGAAACACCUAUGCCGAUCUGAGGACCAAGUGCUGCGAGAGUUUUCCAUAAACCUGCUCCAUUAUUUGGCAGCGGCUGACAGCAGUAUGGCGCGCGUGGUCGCCGCGCAGACGCCGUGCGUCUCUUUACUGGUUGCGUUCAUAGAACAAGCGGAACAGAGCGCUUUGGACGUGGCGAACCAGCGCGGUAUAGGCGCGCUUAGGGACAACCCCGAUUCGAUGGGCACAAGCCUGGACAUGCUGCGGAGGGCGGCAGCUACGUUGGUAUUCCUCUCCCGGCACCCCGACAACAAGGCCCUGCUGGUGCAGCAGGAGUCUCGACUGUUGGCCCUCGUCAUGAGUCAGAUAUUGGACCAGCAAGUGGCGUUACUUAUUUCCAAAGUGCUGUUUCAAAUAUCACGCAGCUAAUCCGGCCCGCCUCUGUGUAGAUAAGAUUACCGAACGAACGAGACGUAAGUCACCCUAAGCGGCCUUUGUUCUGGUGUACAGUUUCGAACGGUGGACCGUGGGUGUGUGAAUGCGUGUGGUGUGCGACGCGAAUGUAUCGACCGACCGAUGGAUGUGACUAACCGAGACCAAGACUAUAGGUACGAGACACCGAUCUCCAUGAUAGCUAAUGAAUUCACAUAGUGUAAUCCACUAAUUGUACCAUUUUGUAAAUUAAGCGACAUAUGUCUUUCUGGAAAAUGUUAAACAUACAUCCAUGUUACUUAUUUUAUGUUAUUUAUUAAUUUGAUAUACGAACCGAUUAAUGGUACUACUGCUGCUGUAGCCGUUCAGCUCUCGAGUGGUCGCGUACCUCCCACCAUCCCCCCACUCCUCCUCUCCCCCCCCAUACCGGUGCAGGUACAGACAACAGCCGCGAUUCACUUUCUAUUAUUUCAUGUUUGGUAUUACUGUGCGAAUGCUUUAUACAUGUCUGAUAAUGAAUUUGAUUAAAUAAAUGUACAAAAGAAGUACCGAAAGUGGUGUUUUUUAUACAAGUUUUGAUUUUCUAUGUAUAGUUAGAAAUGUUUUAUACAUCCCAUUUUAGCUGUUACAUUUAAAUCUGUUAUUCGAUUUCGAACAAGGACGGACUGUAACAUUAGAGAGGACAGUCUCGCAACUAGAACUCAAAUGUAGUUUAAAAUAUGUGGUGAUAUUUUUCUGGCUGUAGGUAUAUUCAUCUUAUGUACGAUUGCAUAUUGUAAAAUAAGUAAAUGCUAA